GACGUCCACGGCCAACUAUCAUCCCUUACCUCCCUCACUUUACCUGAUUGCUGGAGAGCGAUUAGCGAUAAUAGGAUGUGGUCCGUCGAUCCUUUCAUACCUCCAUCCUUUCCUUUCCUUUCCUUCACAUACCAUUCUGUGGGAAUUUAUUUCCUUUCACUCUACCCUUUGACCAUAUGAGGUGUACAGCUCACCUAGUUCCAUCAUGGAGAAGAGCACAAACCAGAAGCAGCAUCCUACCGAGGUCGUCGAGGAACAAGAGCCUGAAAUCAAGCCCGAAUCGAUCAAGGACGACUCUGACUCGCACUCCGAUCAUGAUCAUGAAUACCACAACGAGACCAAGAAGGAGGCCAAGCACGAGACCAGCUAUACAGUCACAGCCACUGCAACAGACGUCGAGAGCCAACGACACAGUAUCCAGCUUCACCAAACCCCAUCUCAUGUUUCCACCCACGAUCCACCCGCCAUACACGACCAACACUACGAAGCCGGCGAUGAAAUCUACUCCAGGUUCUCCAAAUGGCGCAAAGUCUCCAUUGUUGCCAUUCUCAGCUUCUCGUCCUUCCUGGCACCCAUCUCAUCCACCUCCAUCCUCGCUGCCUCUCCCGAAGUCGUCUCCACCUACCACACGACCGGCACCAUCUUCAACAUUUCCAACGCACUGUACAUGCUCUUCAUGGGUCUGAGUCCCCUCGUCUGGGGUCCACUGGGCCAAACAUAUGGCAGGAAAUGGACCCUGGUAUGGGCUGCUGUGACCUUUACCGCCUUCUCGGCCGGAUCUGCACUGGCCCCGAAUCUCGCUUCGUACUUUGUAUUUCGCAUGCUCACGGCCUUUCAAGGCACGGCAUUCCUCAUCAUCGGAGGCACCGCCAUUGGAGACAUCUACCGACCCGUGGAGAGAGGAACGGCCUACUCCUGGUUCAUGAGUGGAACCCUCAUCGGACCCGCGUUUGGUCCCUUCAUCGGCGGCAUCAUCGUCACCUUUGUGUCCUGGCGCGACGUUUUCUGGCUCCAAACCGCCCUCGCAGCCCUCUCCACCAUCCUCAUCAUCUUCUUCCUCCCCGAAACAAUUCACAAGAAACGCUCCGACGACAUCAAAUCUCUCCCUACCACGCAACAGAUCUCUCACAUCUGGCACUGGAUCAACCCGGCCCGCGUCGUCAUCCUCUUCAAAUAUCCCAACCUCGUCAUCAUCGCCAUUGCCUCCUCCUCUCUCGUCUGGAACAUGUACUCCCUCCUCACACCGAUCCGCUACGUCCUCAACCCGCGCUUCCACCUCACCACCCCCUUGCAAUCCGGCCUCUUCUACAUCGCUCCCGGCUGCGGAUAUCUCACCGGAACAUUUUUCGGAGGUCGCUGGGCAGACGCCAUGGUGCGCCGAUACAUGAAACUCCGCGGCGGCCACCGCAUCCCCGAAGAUCGACUCCAUUCCUGUUUACCCGCCAUGGGCCUCGUAAUUCCCGCGUGUAUGCUCGUCUACGGCUGGACGAUAGAAAAAUCCGUCGGAGGAAUUGCCGUACCGGUGAUAGCCAUGUUCUUGCAAGGUGUCGCGCAAUUAUUUUGUUUUCCGAGUUUGAAUACUUAUUGCUUGGAUGUCAUGCAGUCGCGGAGUAGUGAAGUUGUGGCGGGAAAUUAUUUUAUUCGUUAUUUGUUUGGUGCUGUCGGUUCCGCUGUUGUGUUGCCGAUUAUACAGGCUAUUGGGGUUGGGUGGUUUAGUACCAUUUCGGCGCUGUUUGUCGCUGUCGGUGCGUUGGGGACGUGGGCGGUGGCGGUUUGGGGGAAGGAUUGGAGAGAGAGGGUCGAUAGGGGGAAGGAGGGGGGUGAUGAUUAGAUUUUUUCUUUUGAGAUCUGCUACCUCCUUGGUUGGGGAAAAAGCAAUGGUGGCGUUGGAAGUGUCUUUUUUAUUUUUUUUUCCUGUUACUGAGCCGAAAUAGAUACCCUGAGUGAGCCUUUGUAUGUAGUUUUGAGAUGAGAUAGAGAGCAUGACUGA